GCGGGCGGGAGCGGGGCGGCGCAUGCGCGGGGCGGCGGGCAGGCGGCGAUGGCGGCGCGGGGCUGAUGGCGGCGGAGGCGGCGCUGCGCUGAGGGAGCGGUCCCGCGCCGUGCCGCGCCGGCCCCGCCAUGGGCAACGAGGCCAGCCUGGAGGGCGGGGGAGCCGAGGGGCAGCUGCCGCCCGGCGCCGCCGCCGCCUCCGGGCCCCCUCCGCCGCCCGGCACCGCCAAGCCGCCUUCAGCACCGGGCGGCGGCGGACAGCUCCCGGGCCGGGCUCCGGCCGCGGGCCCGGGCCCCGCGCCGCCGCCCGCCGCCAGCACACCAAGAAGACCAGACCAACUGGAUCACCUAGCUGGACAGAGAUCAGCUUCUCCCUCCCUUGCACAGGCUGCUCAGAGCUCGGAGAGCACCAGAGAGAUGAGGAGUCAUGGUCAGGCCAGUCAACAGGCAGAUGGACCUAGAAGGACACUGCAGGUGAAUAGCAGAAGUCAGAGAUCGGGAAGAUCUCCCUCUGUAUCGCCAGAUCGAGGCAGCACCCCUACCUCACCUUAUUCUGUUCCUCAAAUCGCGCCCCUUCCGAGCAGCACUCUCUGCCCUAUAUGCAAGACAACAGAACUCAUCUCCUCCCCUCAUCAGCCAAACUUCAACGCCUGUACACAGUGUCACAACAAAGUCUGCAACCAGUGUGGAUUCAACCCCAACCCGCAUCUUACUGAGGUGAAAGAAUGGUUAUGUUUGAAUUGCCAGAUGCAGAGAGCAUUGGGGAUGGACAUGACCACGGCUCCUCGCUCCAAAAGCCAGCAGCAGCUGCACUCUCCUUCGCUGUCUCCAUCCCACUCCCCCGCCAAACAAGCCCAGCCUCAGCCCCAGGUCGCGGCAGGCCAGGAAAAGCCCCCGGGAACUAUGCAGCCAAGCGCCAGGCCAGGCCCCGGUGUCCUGCAGCCAGAGCCCCCCAAACCCCAGCCAGCUACGCCGCAGAGGGAACAACACAGCCAAGGCCAGCCAAAACCUGCUGCUCCUCAGGAAGUGGUGAGGUCUUCCCCGCAGCAUCAAGCAAAGCCUUCCUCCUCUGACCAGAGAAAGACUGUGGGAGACUCCCCAGCAAAAUCUGCGGCUCCAACCCCCAGCGCUGGUGCACAAGAACAACCCCAGGAGGGUCUCACAGGGAAGCUCUUUGGCUUUGGAGCUUCUCUCUUGACCCAGGCAAGCACACUUAUGUCUGUCCAGCCAGAGGCCCCCCCUCCAAGUCAGCAGUCUUCUGGCAAAGUGCCUCCAAAAAUUGUCUUCAGUGAUGCCAGCAAAGAAGCUGGUCUUAAAGCCCCAGGUGCUUCGCCUGGGACGCAGGGUAGGGCUGGGACUGCACCAGCUACAAAGCAAGGAAAACCGGAGCAAGUUGUCAAGCCAAAGGAAGUGCCGAAAGAAAGGGUCUUGUGCCCCCUCUGCAAAGCAGAGCUCAAUGUGGGCUCCAGUGAACCCUCCAACUACAAUACCUGCACGACCUGCAGGCAGCAGGUUUGCAACAUGUGUGGCUUCAACCCAACACCUCAUCUGGUGGAGAAAAACGAAUGGCUGUGUUUGAACUGCCAAACUCAGAGACUGCUAGAAGGGAGCCUGGGAGACCCUGCCCCGAUGCCACUGCCUGCCCCGAAGCAACCGCCAACGGGCUCCCCGCGACACCAACCGUCAGGAAGCGGCCAGCAGCAACGAGUGCCGGCGCCGGCCGCCGCACCGCAGGCAGAGCCGGUGGCUCCCGCCGGCAGGCACCCUUCGCCCGCGAGGACUCUCAGGGCUCCGGAGCAGAGCAGGACCCCAAGCACUGCCCAGGAGAAGAAGCCCCCUGCUCCAGCAGAAGAUAAGCCACUGCCGAAACUUCCCACUGAGCCUUCCAAAGUUCCUGAAAGUGCAACGCCAAAAGGGAAAAGCAUGGCAGCAAAACCAGAGGUGGAGAGCAAGGAGAGCCGGGCGCCCACCGAGGCUCAGAGGGUGAAGGAGCAGGAGGAAGCAAGCAAGCCUUAUCCCCCCGACGUGUCUCGCAGCCCCCAGAGCUUGAGCGACACUGGCUACUCGUCCGACGGCAUCUCCAGCUCCCAGAGUGAGAUCACGGGCCUGGUGCAGCAGGAGGAGGAGAAGCUGAACGGCACCGGCCUGGCGGAGCAGAGCCCUCCCAGCCCCUCCGAGCUCACCAAGCUGGAGAGCAGCAUGCGGCCCCUCCUGGAGGCCAGGGGCACCUCCCAGGAGCCCGGUGACCGUGGGAAGGGGUACCCUGAGCUACGGGAAGAGCAGCGGCAGCGGCAGAGGCCACGGUACCUCUCCAUCACCCCUGAAGCCUUUGAUUCUGACGAGGAACUGGAAGACAUCCUGGAAGAGGAUGAAGACUCCUUGGAGUGGGAGAACCAGCGGGACCAGCGGGAGAGCAUGGAGUCAUCAGACGAGUUUGGCAGCAAGCUGCGCCAUGACUAUGUGGAGGACAGCAGCGAAGGAGGCUUCUCCCCAGUGCCAGGCAGGCCCAAAGGCAGGGAGGCAGAGGUGACAGAUGAGGAGUUCAUGAGAAGGCAGAUCCUGGAGAUGAGCGCAGAGGAAGACAAUCUUGAAGAGGAAGAGGAGGACUACAAUCACGUUCAAUACAGCAUCACCAAAACUGGGCAGAAGCCUGACAUGGAGAAGAGCAAAGAGUCUCCCUCAGCCAAGCGGCGCAUGUCACACAGCUCCAGCAGCUUGUACAAGGAGGAGAGGAAAGAGCUGGAUGCAGCAGAGGGUGACGACAUGAGCACGGCCCAAGGGGGACUGAGGCGUUUCAAGACUAUCGAGCUAAACAGCACAAACAGCUAUGGCAGAGAUAUGGAGAUCAGCCAGGACGCAGACACCAGCCUGGACAGGGAGCCUGAGCUGGAGAUGGAGAGUCUGACAGGCUCCCCAGAGGAGCGGUCCAGGGGCGAGUAUUCCACCUCUACCCUGCCAGCCACAACGCCCAGCUACACUUCAGGCACCUCUCCCACAUCCAUCUCCUCCCUGGAGGAGGACAGUGACAGCAGCCCCAGUCGCAGGCAGAGGCUGGAGGAGGUGAAGCAGCAGAGGAAGGCUCGCCAUCGCUCACAUGGCCCUUUGCUGCCCACCAUUGAGGACUCAUCUGAGGAGGAGGAGCUGCGGGAAGAAGAGGAGCUCUUGCGGGAACAGGAGAAGAUGCGGGAGGUGGAGCAGCAGCGCAUCCGCAGCACCGCACGCAAAACCAAGCGUGACAAGGAGGAGCUGAGGGCUCAGCGGAGGAGAGAGCGCUCCAAAACUCCCCCCAGCAACCUCUCUCCCAUUGAGGAUGCCUCCCCCACGGAGGAGCUGCGACAGGCAGCAGAGAUGGAGGAGCUGCACCGGUCCUCCUGCUCCGAGUACUCGCCCUCGAUCGACUCAGAGGCCGAGAGCUUCGAUGUCAUGGCCUCCAAGCUGUACAAGUCUGGCAGUGAGUACAACCUGCCAACCUUCAUGUCGCUGUACUCCCCGACAGAAAAGACAGAGAGCAGCUCCAGCCAGCCUGCCAGCAAGCCCCUCAAAAGUGCCGAAGAGGCCUACGAGGAGAUGAUGAGGAAGGCAGAAAUGAUGCAGAAGCAGCAAGUCCAGCAGUCCCAGCAGGGUGUUUCUUACAGCGGUGCGUACCAGCAGGUAGGCUUUCGCGGCACGGAGGGCCAGACCAGUUUUGAGUACCAGUACAUAGAUGAGUACAGGUACGACGGCAGUGCCAUGCACCCCUCACAGCCUGACUAUCAGAGUGGUCUCUCAAAGCCAGGAGCGGUGUACGAGGAAAUCCUGCAGACAUCGCAGAACAUUUCCAGGAUGCACCGGUCUUCCUCAUUUGACUUGGCUCUAGAACAGGAAGAAAAAAAGAAAGGGCAAGAAGAAGCAUAUCAGGAGAAACACUUUCUGAACGCCGAGAGCGCAUAUGCUGACCUGAUGAAGCAGAACGGUGGUCCUCUUACCCCUGGGACGAGCCCCACUCAGCUCUCAGCUCCUGUCUCCUUUUCAGCCUCUGAAGGCAGCACAGGCAAGGUCAUUCCUGACGUCCGGGUCACCCAGCAUUUUGCAAAAGAGGGACAGGAUCUUGCCAAGCUGCACAGCACCACAGCAGCACCCAGCCCAGUUUCCAAGGCUGUCACAGCGCCUUACACCUACAGCAAAGGUGCCAGCACAGUAACAACAGUGGUUGCCAGCGCAGCAAGUGCGCCACGAAUCUACAGCUCCCCAGCUCCGAGUGGCACAGAGACAACAUCCGUAUCGGCCAGAAGUUAUGGUCCGACAAAGAGCUCUGUAAGUUACAGCUCUCAAACAGAGGACAUCUGCCGAAGCAAGAGUGCUGUCGAAAUCAGCGUGCAAACGGCCAGAGAGAAGCUGCAAGCCGUGAGUGACAGCAAGCCCAUGCCACACAAGAUGUACCCUUUCUUCAAAAGCUCAAGCCCCCCACUCUCUCCUACUUCUCCUACUCAGAGUCCCACUCACACUGUCCCAAGAGCAGCGAUGCCUUCUGGCCCAGGGCCAGGAACAAAGUCGACUGCAGAAUUUUCCACCCAAACGCAAAGUCCCCUUGUCUCCUAUGACAUCCCCACUACCACUGGCGUCUCGGCAUCUUCCCCCAUGGUAGCUCAAGGAACGCAGACGCCACACCACGCGAGCUCUCCUCGCCUCGCUCGGCAGCAGUCCUCACAAGAUGCUGCUCCGUUCAUGCUGAUCACGCUAGCCGCCAAUGCAUCUAGCCAAACGAAGCCGGUGAGCAUCAGCUCCACUUCCCCCGCCACAUCUCCCACCAGGCUGAGCCGGCAGCAGACGAUGCACAGCUACAGCCAGACAUUUGAGCAGGAGCUGCAAGGUGCUUACAUCAAGGCGCAGCCUGUGAAAGACCAAGCCUCAGCUGUCCAGAAAGUGCCCACCGCUUCGGCCGCAGACAGCACUGCAGGGCUGUAUGCCUGGGGAGCGCUCCCUGCAGAAAACAUCUCCUUGUGCAGGAUCUCCUCUAUCCCUGGGACAUCUCGGGUAGAGCCAGGUCCCAAGGCACCAAGCACUAAUGCUGUAGACUUACGGACUGCUAUGAAGUCAGCCCCCAUCAUCAUAACGGACCAAGGCAUGGAUCUCACUUCCUUGGCUACAGAGACUAGGAAGUAUUGCCUCACUUUGGACCAAAUCCCAAGCAGACAGUCCACGGCCAUCCAGCCCUUAAUCAUUAACCUCAAUGCCCAAGAGCAGCCCCACGCCGUCAUAGCAGCGGCCAGCACUGCCAGCGUCGCCAUCGCGUCUCCAAUGCUCAUCUCGCAGCCAAAGCAGCCUGUGGUCUACGGAGACCCUUUCCAGAACAGGAUGGACUUUGGGCAAGGGGCCGGGAGCCCAGUGUGCUUGGCGCAAGUGAAGCAAGUGGAGCAGGGCGUGCAGACGGCUGCCUUCAGAGGGAGCGGGGCCACUGUUCCCACACCUGCCGGGAAACCCGAAGCUGCUGCUCCUCAGCAGGCAAAGUUUGCAAGGUACAAUUUGCCCAGCCAAAUGGCACCUCUGGUGAAGAAGGACAUGCUCAUCACGCAGACCAGUAAUGCGCAGAAUGUGCUUAAUAUCAGCAGCAUCUCCCAGUCGUUUCCUCAGGACCAGAGCUCGGAGCUGUACCGCACGGUACCAGUGGAGCUGAAAACCCAGAGCCCUCUCAUGGCCCUGGGAGGCAAGAAAUCCCAAGUGAUGAUGGUGCAGAUGGAAGAUGUAGCAGCCGGCCCAGUAACCAAAGUGGUCAAGGAAGAGCCUCCUGCCAACGUGCUGGACCUCACAGGCAUGAAAUCAGAGAGCCAGGUGGCCUGCUGUGAUGUGGUCUACAAGUUCCCCUUUGGCAGCAGCUGCACUGGAGCUUUCAACCCCUCUUCCAAGAUGCCAGAGAAGAAGGCUGGGGAUGCGGUGCCUAGCAGGAAACCCAGUGGCCCCUACUAUGGGAGCAAAGAGCCAGACCUGUCAGAGGCAUUCCCAUACCGAGAGCAGCCGGCUCCAGCUCCUGCACCUGCACUGUAUGAGGAGCAGAAGUUUUACCCCACUGGCAUGUUUGGGAGGCUCUAUUCAUCCAUGUCAGACACAAACCUGUCUGAAAUUGGGAUGAACUACUACCCUACAAAAGGGGAUCAGCCCUUCCACUCCCCUGCUGGUGAAGCCGCUGUGGAUUUGACCACGAUGAAGCAUUCCUACAGCAUCAGCUUCACCGAAGGGGGAUACCUGGGCCACAGGUUGCAGUACGGCUCGUUCUCCGACCUCCGCCAGCCCUCAGAUUUGCUGAGCCACCCACUCCCGAUGAGACGGUACAGCUCAGUGUCUAACAUCUACUCCGACUACCGGUACUCCCCCAGAGGGGACCUGGCAAAUUUCCAGGAGUCCAGCCUGGCCCACUACAGUGCCACGACAGCUCGUGAGAUCAGCCGCAUGUGCGCAGCGCUCAAUUCGAUGGACCAGUACGGGGGCAGGCAUGCGAACGGCCCUGAGCUCCUCCAGUACGGCCCUAACGCUCUCAGUGCCGGACCAGGAGGAGGAGGUAUCUCAGCCCAGCAGGGUGUUGCGCCCGUGAAACCAAACGUGAUGUACAACCCCAAUUUCCCUGAGACACGCCAGGCCUUUGGCAACCUCGCACAGUACAAUAUUCCCAAUGUCCGCUUGGGAGCCGUACGGCAGAUAUUCCCUUCCACUGCAACUGUGCGGGCCGCAGAUGGCAUGAUUUAUUCAACCAUAAACACUCCAAUAGCGUCAACACUGCCCAUUACCACACAGCCGGCCUCGGUGCUCCGGCCCAUGCUUCGUGGGCUGUACAGACCCUACGCCCCGGGCAGCAUCACGGCAGUGCCUCUGGCCAGCCUGGCCAGAGUGCCAGUAGUCGCUCCCCGCAUGCCACUAGCAACCCAAAGCUUCUACCGCUACCCAGCUCCCGGCCGCUUCCCAUCCAUCCCUGCGUCGUCGGUGAUGGAGACACCCGUGUACCUGGGGAAGCCCGUCACCACUGUCGCAGCCAGCACAGCCGCAGGUGCCGCGAGCGCUGGGCCUGCUGCCAAAGCUCCCGUUGCCCCGGCGGCAGGGCCGCAGAGAGCGGAGCCACCCAGGGCUGCCCCCUGCGACGAGGGGCCCGUGGCGGCCCCCAAGGAGAGCGGCCAGCCGGCACCGCCGGCACCCGCCGCCCCGAAGCAGCUGGCAGAGGGGGUUCAGCCUGGCGGGCCGGGUCGGGAGGAGAGGGAGCGUGAGGAGGAGCGCCAGCGGAAGCAGCAGGAGCAUGUGCUGCAGCUGGAGAGGGAGCGCGUGGAGCUGGAGAAACUGAGGCAGCUGCGGCUGCAGGAGGAGCUGGAGCGGGAGCGCGUGGAGCUGCAGCGGCACCGGGAGAAGGAGCAGCUCCUGGUGCACCGGGAGCUGCAGGAGCUGCAGUCCAUCAAGCACCAAGUGCUGCAGCAGCAGCAGGAGGAGCGCCACGCGCAGCUGGCCCUGCAGCGCGAGCAGCUGGCCCAGCAGCGCCUGCAGCUGGAGCAGAUCCAGCAGCUGCAGCACCAGCUGCAGCAACAGCUGGAGGAGCAGAAGAGGCAGAAAAGCGCCUUCCCCGCGGCUGGCGAGCCCACCAGCAGGGCACCCCCAGGGCCCGAAGCACCUACCGAGCUGCAGAGGAGCCUGGCGCAGAACGGGCAGUUCUGGCCCCCGCCAAGCCAGGCCUUCAUGGGUGCCCCGGGCGCAGGGCAGGAGUGCCCCGCUGGCCCUCGCUACCCCGGCCUCCAGCGACCGCUCACCAGCUCCGCCUCGGACAUGUCCCUGCAGGCUGAAGAGCCCUGGGAGCCCAGCCGGGGCAUGAAGAAGAGAAACUCGAUGCCGCGGCUGCGGGAUGCCUAUGACAAGGAGGUCGUGGUGAAGAAGAUCACAGACAGCAGCGUGCAGACGGACGAGGAGGACGGCGAGGAGCGCUACCUUCUCUCACGGCGCCGGCGGCCCCGGCGCAGCACCGACUGCAGCGUGCAGACGGACGAGGAGGACAGCGGGGAGUGGGAGCAGCCGGUGCGCCGGCGGCGCUCCCGACCCUCGCGGCACACCGACGCCGGCACUGACAGCAAGCAGGAUGGCACCUCCCGUGGCACGGCCAGCAUCGGCAUCCAGACCAUCAGUGACUGCUCCGUGCAGACAGAGCCCGACCAGCUCCAUAGGGUCUCCCCUUCCAUCCAUAUCACCACUCACGACCCCCGCGUGGAGAUCGUGAAGUACAUCUCUGCUCCAGAGAAGACGCAGCGGGGCGAGAGCCUCGCUUGCCAGACGGAUCCGGAGGCCCAGCCUCAGCCCGGCAUCGUGGUCCCCCAGCUGACAGUGCCGACUACCAUCACACCCUACUCCACCAACAUCCAGAUGGUGAGCACAGGGCCCCUGGACCCCCAUGCUGUCCGGCAGCAGGCCCUAGGCAAAUUUGAGAAGAAGAAGCCGGAUCCCCUGGAAAUUGGGUACCAGUCGCAUUUGCCCACCGAUUCCCUCUCUCAGCUGGUGACCCGGCAGCCCCCCAGGUCUCCACAGGUCCUCUACUCGCCUGUGUCUCCCCUCUCCCCGCACCGCCUCCUCGAGUCCUCCUUCGCUACCAGCGAAAGGCUGAACAAGGCUCACGUCCCGCCACAGAAGCACUUCACCUCUGACUCUGCCCAGCGCCAGCAGACUCUGCCACGUCCCAUCAAAACCAUGCAGCGAUCCUUGUCUGACCCCAAGCCCAUCAGCCCGACAUCUGAUGAAUCCGGGAAGGACAGGUUCUCCCUGUACCAGCAUCCACUGCUCCCAGGCAGCCAGAUGGCCUCUUUGCAGUCGAGCCCGCUGACGCGCAAGGUGAAGCGCACGCUGCCCAGCCCGCCGCCCGAGGAGGCUCACCUGCCCCUGGCCAGCCAGGCUCAUCCCCAGAUGUACCUGUCAAGCCUGGCGCCAAAAGGCCUGGCCGGCCCUGCUGUGCAGGUCACCAAGGCCAGCCUGCUCAAGGACAUUGACCGCGACCUGAAGCUGGUGGAGCACGAGUCCACGAAGCUGCGCAAGAAGCAGGCCGAGCUGGACGAGGAGGAGAAGGAGAUUGAUGCCAAGCUGAAAUACUUGGAGCUGGGAAUUACGCAGCGGAAGGAAUCCCUGCUGAAGGACAGGAGUGUGAGGGACUACCCCUACCUGAGGUGCCUGGGGGAGAACAGGGACUACAUGUCUGACAGUGAGCUCAACAACUUGCGCCUCUCCGGCUAUGACGGCGGGAGCCUGCUGACACGGCCGAGUGCCACGCCAGCAAACCAGUACGCUGACUUUGCUGGCGCACCGUACACCUCUGCGUCCUCCUACAGCCCCUACCAGUACCCGGCAGGGCCUCCCGCCCCACAAGGCCCCGCUGCCUUUCAGCAGGCACGACUGCAGCCUCCCCACUAUCCCACGGUGAGCACCUCUCAGGAUGGCUUCCAGGCUGCGCAGCUGCCUGCCUACGCCUCACCCAGCACCUUCCAGGCCCAUGGCUUCACCCCCAACACCACCUACCAGGCGGACCUGGGCAUCCAGAGCCAGCAAGGUUUCCGGCCACCCAAUCACUACCAAACCCAGACCACCUACCCCAAUGCCACAGCCGGGCCGUCAGCUCAAAACACGCUCUUCCAAACCCAGGCGGACGUGCACUCCCUGCACCAGAAGCCACGGCAAACCUCUCUUGCCGACUUGGAGCAAAAGAUCCCCACCAAUUACGAAAUCAUUGGUGGGCCCACAGCGGCCAUCUCUUCUACGGCCCCUGAAGUCGCCUUCAGCACCACAACGGUGACCAGCAGCUAUGACCAGUACAAGGCCCCGGAGGCCCGGCCAGCCGACAGAGCCAGUGUCACACAAAGCCCUUCAGCCAGCUACUCAUCAGAGUCCCUCUACACGAACCUGGAGCAGAGCAUUCCCCGUAACUAUGUGAUGAUCGAUGACAUUAGUGAGCUAACCAAAGACAGCCCAGCAGGGGACAGCCAGAAAGGGGACCUGCAGGGCCAGAGUGCUAAUGGCCGCCAUGGCAAGGAGAAGAGUGAGCUAGUGGAUCCUGAGAGCUCCAGCAGACCCUGCUGCUACUCCAAAGCAGAGGAGGAGUCCGAGGAGGACAUGUACGACCACCACGGCACUGACCAUAGAGGGAAGAACAGCUACCACAGGGGCACAGAGAGCAACGGCAGGAUGCCAGGGAGCUCUGGGGGCUCAUCCUACUACUACGGGGACAGUGACUAUCGGCAUUCCUCGCGGGCGGACAAGCACGGGUCUGGCAUGGCAAUGCCAAAGCAUUCUUCCAAAAACCUGGCUCCCGCUGUGGUCUCCUCAAAACGCAGCAAGCACAGGAAGCAGGGCAUGGAGCAGAAGAUCUCCAAGUUCUCUCCCAUUGAAGAAGCCAAAGACGUGGAGUCAGACCUGGCCUCCUACACAGUGACGACAUCAGUCAGCAGCAGUAACGUGGCCUCCCGGGCAAAAAAGCUGCAGGAGGAAAUCACCUAUGGCCUCAAGAAGAAUGUGUAUGAGCAGCAGAAGUACUAUGGCAUGUCCAGCAGGGACUUGGUGGACGAGGAGGACCGAGUCUACUCUGGUGGAGGCAGGACCCGCUCAUCUGGCUACGGGGUAGAAAAGUCAUCCAGCCGUGACGUGAGCAGCCGGAGCAAGUCCUAUGACAGGGAGAGCAUGGAGCGGUCCCAGAAGGGCAGCUCCAAGCCUUCGUCCCUUAGCAUGAGUCAGAGCCGCGGGAGGACUCCCGUUCGCACGCAGGCCUCGGAAGAGGAGAGCCCAAUCAGCCCCUUGGGAAAGUCCAUGGGGGUGUCGCGCUCCUCUGGCGGCCCUGGCCCACAGUCCGGGGGGGACCCCUGCUCCCAGUUCUGCUCCAGCCACUCGUUGCCUGAUGUGCAAGAACACAUCAAAGAUGUGCCAAGGAAUCACUCUUACAAGCACGAGGAAGGUUACGUCAUGGACGAUUCCCAUUGUGUUGUGUCAGACAGCGAAGCCUAUCAUUUGGGUCAGGAGGAGACAGACUGGUUUGAUAAGCCGAGGGAAGCGCGGUCAGAGAGGGUAAGGCACUACGGUGGCCACUCUUCCUCACAGAAGAGACCCCCAGUUAAACACACCUACCACGAUUAUGACGAGCCUCCGGACGAAGACCUGUGGCAGCACGACGAUUACCCCCAGCCCCAGCACUCCUCCUCCCGAGAGCACCGGCACCACGGGGAGUACGGGCGGCAUUCGUCCUCCUCCCGCCACACCAGCGAAGAGCAGCCCCGGCGGUCGGCCAAGCAGCACCCCCGGGAGCAAGGCCGCCACGAGUCCCGCGGCCACGCGCAGCCAGCCUCCCAGAAGAAGGCUCAGCAGCCCGAGCCCCGCGCGCCGGCAGCCUACGGCCCCGGCUCCUCCGAGUACCCCCAGCAAGCCCGCCCGGCCACUCACCACCACGGCGCCGAGACCCAGAAAUCGCAAAAGCCCUCACAGCCGCAUGGGCCGCCGUCCCAGGGGCAAAAAGCAGAGCCGCACCUGCAGCAGCCCCAAGCCCGGCAGCAGCAGGGAGCACAGCAGCCCCAAGCCCGGCAGCAGCCACCGGCAGCCCGACCGGCCGCCCAGCAGCCGGCAGGGCCGUCGCAGCCAGAGGCGAAGGGCAGGACGCAGGGCCCUCCUUCUUCCCGGCCACCACAGCAGCAGCCGAGCCCAGCCCAGGCUCCGGGGAAGGCCCCGGCCACACUCCAUGCACAACCAGGCGGUCACCAAGCAACGCCGCUGAAAGCGGAGCAGAUGGACACAGCCAAGCCCGCAGCGAAAGUGCCACAGCAGCAGGGGAGAGCGCCGGUGGCUCAGCCUCUGGGAGCAGCAGUAGCAGACAGCAAGGUCGGCCAGAAGGCAGCGGGGCCGCGUCCUCCUGCGGGCACGGCGGCUGGGCAGCCUGGGGCGGAAGGAGAGAGUGUUUUCUCCAAAAUCCUGCCAGGAGGGGCAGCAGAACAAGCAGGCAAACUGACUGAAGCGGUGUCGGCUUUCGGCAAGAAAUUCACUUCGUUCUGGUGAGAGAACGGCACAAGAUCCUCCUGCUGCCUCCCACCACAGGAGUUUGGGAAGCGAGUGGAGAUCUAGUCAUUGCAAGUGGAAAAACCUAUGAAGAACCCAGUGAAUUCAGCACGCAGCGCUGGACUCUGAGUAUAACACUUUUGAAAGCAGGGCAAUCCCCUGGAUGCUGGAUCUCAUGGAGCAAACAGUGGCUGAACCGGGGGCCUGGCAGACGACCCAGAGCACACGCCCUCCACGCCCGGCAAGCAGAGCCCGUGCAGCGGCUCCGGCGCAGCGUGGAGCGAGCCGUAGGAACGGUGGGGCAGAGGCGCUUGCCACCUCCGAGGCUGCCCACAAAGGGACGGGCCUGAUCCAGACCGUCAUGUCACGUAGGUGGGGCUCGACCCUGCCCCGGGCCCCCGUAUGCCGAGGGGCUGAGUUGGAAACCGUGGCCCUUUCUCAAGAUUAUACGCAGAGUUGCUCCCUCUGAAUCUGAACUGUAGCGUCUUCAUAGGUUUUUCCCUCUCUGAGCCAUGUGUGAGUUGAGGGCUGGGAGCUGCAGGCUCCGUUUCUCCUUCACAUUCCAGUUUGUCCCACCGGUCCCUCGCGCGCACGGGGCCCUUCCCCGUGCCACCCCUGCACUGGAAACCGCUCCGACCCCGAGCUGGGGAUUAGGAGAACUUCAGUUAGGACCUAACACUGUUUCAUUACUGAAAUAAGAGGCCAUAGGACUCUGAAAGGCAGCACGUAAGCGGGCUGGCCUUUCCCAAAGCAAAUGCCGGCCAGGCACGUGUCUCAGCACGCAAAGCCAACCUGAAGCCAUUCUGAAGCAUUCAAACGGCAGUGCUUUCCAUCGUACCGGCACACAGUGCUCCAUGCCGCCUGGGGAUCCUUUUUCUUUAAAGAACAGCCUUAAUCAUCCCACUUUGAUUUCUGUGUAUACCUCAUCCGCACCGGGAGGGGGCGCGGGGCUUCGUCGUUGGGGGGGUUCCUUUUCGGUUUUCUUUGGUUUCUUUGGGUUUCGUGUUUUGGGUUUUUUUGUUCUGUUUUGUUUUGUUUUUUAACUUUAUACCAAAUCCUCUUUCCUCUUUGCUUUGUACGAUGAGUUAACACAUGGGCUGUUGUCUGUAGAAGCAAUAGAGUGCAGAAGGCUAUAAAAGAGCACAAUCCAUGGAACAAGAUCAGGAGAGCUUUGCCUCUGCCACUAUCCUUCCUAUUACUGUGCAAUUCAAGUCCUUCUUAAGCCAUUACGCGUGGGCAUGCUCAGAACGAUGGAGAAGCGACUCAGAGCAAAAGCUCGCUUACCCCACCAGGAGGAGGUUUCUCAGCCCGUGGCCUGGGAGCCCCGAAGGAAACCAAACGAGACAGCUCGUUUCACUGUAAAGAACUCAGCCAGUGUACAGACGCUCCGGUUCUCAUUCGUGCGUGUCGUCAGCUUCCUGCCAGUCUCUCUCUCACGCUGAGCAUGUUCCAACAGCAGUUCGUUGGUGUGACCCACCCCCCGCGGGUAGCAGCGACCGAUUCUCAUGUCUAAUGUUCUAUGCAAUGAAAUACACAACUUAAGAACAAGACCUGUUAAUAGUUAAUAAGUUCAAUGUUAUGUAUAAGGGUUUAAUUGCAAACGUGCUGCUGAGCAACUGGAUAACUACUCUAUCAACCACCUGUGCAUAUGAAGUUUAAGUUAGUGGCAUGUUCGACCCACGGAGGGCCACUUUGCCAAAGGGUAGCCAUAUAGCCCGUGACUGUCUGUCCUGUCGUAGAGCAUGGCUUGCUACUUCUCUGCACGGUUUCAUCUACGUUUAAAUGCUUGCCGUUCUUUGCCUGGAGUUUUCUUUUUCUUUUCCAUCAGUUCAUCACCUGUAUUGAAUGCUCUUAGCAGAUUUAUGCACUUGUUAUUGAGGACCUGGUGGUCACAAUAUGAGAUGCAACCAGCCCUGGCCCCGUGGCCGCUCGCUCCUGGCCCCGCGAGCGGCUGCCUUUCCGCAGCUCCGCGGCAGCCUCCUUGGAGUGGGCUCUGCCUAGGCCAACCCGCGGUGUGAGGCUGGAGGGGGAGGCCCAGCGGUUAGUGCAGGGGCUGCGGGAUGGGGGUGACCUUGGGGUGAACACCCAGCUCUCCCCAAGGUGCCCCCCACCCGGGACAGGUCUCUUUUGGGGUCUGCCAGCCUGCCGCGAGGCUCUGCCGGCCGGGCAGCCGCCGUGGCCCUGCUCGCAGCCUCCCCAGCCCGCCUGGCGCCAGCUGCCCUGCCAAUGACAAGUGCAUAGCCCGAGGACGCUUCUCCCGGGCUCCGGGUCUGCCCCGCUCCCUACGGGGGGUCUCAGCCACAGCCUCUGCCGCUCCUAGCGCUGUAAAUACUUGUAUAGUGUGUAAAUCGCACGUGGGACCGAGAACACCCCCCCGCCAGGGCCCAUCUCACUGCCCAGCACAUCCGCCAACUCGCCUCCGUGCGGGACGGGAGCAGGCGCCUGGGCCCCACCGCCGGCCUCGGCCCCCCCCCGGCGCAAAGCCUCCCGGCAUCCCCCGAGUUGUGGCUGUCCGCUACCCAUCGCCCCCCCGGCGCGCUGUGUCUGGGUGUUCGCUUGGGUCCGGGGGGGGACUGUAUGUAUAAAACACAAACCACCAAGCAAAGCUCAGCCCAAGAAGAAGUUUACAGUGGUAAGUGCAAUGCCGGGUGCCCUCCCUCUGAACAUUGUGACGGUGUGCGUGUCUGCUGUGCUCUGUGAGAUCUGUAGUAAUCCGUGUACCGCCGCUGUAUCGUGACUCCGUACAAGAAGUUGCCCCUACCAGGUAUUUCUGUGGGAACAGAAUAAAAGGACUUGAUAUAAAUCACA